UGAUUACACAAUUUUUUCCCCUUUCCCUUUAUAGUUGGUCUUUUUAUUAAACUCAAGUUGCAUGUGUUUUGGUGGGAACUAAUCAGAUGCUUACUAAAUGAGGUGUGUUUAGGUAGGAGUACAAGUGAUGAAAUACUUUUUAUUCUAAAAAGAUAUCGCUAUUGUAGAUGCAAACAUAAUUGAAUUGGUAUUAAGUGAACAUGUAAUAAUAUUGAUUUAUAUCUUGAUUAUUUUGUUAUCCAAUGAUUUAUUGACACCUAUGGCUAUCACCCCCACCGAGAGGGUUCUCUACCACCACUAGUUUCACAUGAUAACAUCACUUUCCAACGAGAAUGGGGUCACAACACUUGUGACAAAUGGCAAAUCUAAGUUCCUUCUUUUGAAAGCACUGGUUGACAAUGUUCCUCUACAGCAUAUUCAUACAAUUUAUUAAUUCAAUUUCGACACAGAUGCCUUCCACAACUUAGUGAAAGAAAAGGAGGGCAUGUCAUGGAAUAUAAAAAAGAAAUAUUAAGGGAAACGAAAUCGAAUCUUUUGAUCAAAGGAAUCAUCUUUUCAUAAUCUUUGUUUUGUUUAUUUGAAUAGAUAUUACCUUAAAUUUAAGUCUCUCAAAUUAGGAGGGUUAUGUGCACAUAAACGUUUCUACUAUAAACAGAAAUAAAGAGAGAGAAAAAAGUUAGGAUAAAUGUCUUCUCAUUGUACCUAAAGAAACCUCUCAGAGUCAUAGUCUCACCUAUUUAGUGCCUUGAAGGACAUGCCACCGAACGAGGAAUUAAAGUAACACCAUGUGUCAGCUCCAUCAUAAUAAUAAUUAAGCACAUCAUUUACUCAAUUAGCAGAACAAACCCAAAAGAUAAAAAACCUUUGAGCCACUCCAAGCUUCCAUGAUCUAAAAGAAAAAAAAAAGACUUGGAAGAGAGAUGUCUGCUUCAUCAUGGUUAUAAAAAAGUGCACACCCCAUCAUCAUGUUCUUUACUUACGUACUGGAAUUCUUUUCCUAUAGUCCUCAUAUUGUAUUGUUUCACACUUGGCACAAACACAAGGGGGUUGUGACUGGUGACUGGUGAUUGAGUGUGGGAAUUUUGUCUUUCUUUCUACAGAAAAUAGUUAGUCUUGGGAGCUGUGAGAUCUUAUCUUGUUGUGGUUCAUGUGUGUGUGUUUGUAGCAGCAAAAAGUUUCAUAUGAAUGAAUUAUAACUUUGGAAAGCUACAAGACUUUAGUGGUGGGGGUGCUGUGGAUGUGGUUUCAGUGUUGAAGGACAGAUAUGAUAAUGAUAGAAGCAUGUCAUAAUAAGGGAAUUCAAGAAGAAGAAGAAGAAGAAAAAGAAGAGGGAAUUAAUAGUAGUAGUAGAGUACAAUCCAUGCAUUAAAUUUCUGCUUUUAAUGGAUGAAUUACCUGGCUCUGUGGGCACCAGUGCCAGCUUCAGCCUCAGAUUGGGCCAGGCUAUUUUCUCAUCUUCUUCACUCCUCUUUAUGUCUUUGGGAGUUGAAUUCUACAGCUACACAGCUUUCUGCUAUUUGGUAACAAUUAUGGGAUUGGUGAUACCUUGGAGCUUCACAUUAGCAUUGGUUGAUGGAUAUUCAGUUCUUGUCAAAUGCCCUAUUCGUCAACCAGGAAUUCUCAUGAUUAUUGUUGUUGGAGAUUGGAUAUUAUCAACACUGACAUUAGCAGCAGCUUGCUCAACAGCUAGUGUUGUGGAUCUCUUGCUCCAUUCCCAUGGCAAUUUUUGUCCUCCAAAGCUUUGCAGCAGGUACAGGAUAUCUGCAAUCAUGGCCUUCUUCUCAUGGUUUCUGUCUUUGGCAUCCUCUCUUUUCAAUCUUUGGCUAUUACCCUCUUUGUAAUUUUCCUGUAUAAUAUUAGAUUUCAUUUUUUGGUAUUUUUUUAGAUAUACACACAUUCAAUUAUGUAUUGUCAUGUCUGACUUUUGAAUAAGCAAUGAAAAAGAAGAUUCUUGGUGCCUCUAACUACUUACCAAUGGAAGAAGUGCUAUAUUACAAAAGGGCACCAUAGAAACCUUUGGAAUCAAAUAUAUGAAUUUGAAAGGUGUUUGUAGCAUGACAUAUUCAUAGGUCACGAGCACCAUUAAGAAUAUGAUG